AUGGAGGAAUUUAAUUCGGAAGCAAUGUCUUCCAAUAGUAGCUCGAUGUAUGGGCUAUCGGGAUCUGAGCACAUGGAGCGUUCCGAAUCUUUGCAGCCCAAGCAACCGAUCUUACACGAUAGCUUAUACUGCAGGGAUAACCCAAGGGAAACCUUUACGCUAAAGGACGAUUCAAACAAAUCAAACCAUCAUCGCGCUUCACAUAAUGUGACGGACAAGUCCCCCACUACAGACGAUUUGUUUCGAAGCUUAUCGAACAAGAAUCUAAAGAGUGUCAAGUCGCAUGCUCAACUAGCAAAAACGGCCCAUGGGGUCCGAAUUCUUGCCAGAAACUUGGAUAGGGCCACGAUACAUUUGCAGUUGCGCUCAGUUAUGCUAAUCACCAAGGCAAGAGAUAACUCGCUAGUUUAUCUCACCAAAGAGGUCGCUGAAUGGCUUCUUACGAUCAAUGAUGAAACGCAAGUCUACGUGGAUUAUCAUCUCGAAACGUCCAAGCGGUUUGACGCCAACGGUCUGAUCCAUGAUAACCCCUCUGCCAAAGGUCGUCUGAAGUAUUGGACCAAGAAACUUAUCAGAGAGAAUCCCGAUAUCUUCGACCUGGUUAUCACUUUAGGGGGCGACGGUACUGUCCUCUAUGCUUCCACUCUUUUUCAAAGGGUUGUGCCCCCGGUAAUGGCCUUUUCUCUGGGCUCUCUGGGUUUUCUUACAACCUUCCCUUUUGAGAACUUUCGGAGCAUUCUGUCAAAUGUGAUCAAGAACGGAGUUCGCACAAAUUUAAGAAUGCGUUUCACUUGCCGCGUUCACACUGCUGAAGGUGACUUGAUUUGCGAGCAGCAAGUUUUGAAUGAGCUCACAGUCGAUAGGGGGCCCUCUCCUUGGGUCUCGAUGCUAGAGCUCUAUGGUGAUGGAUCGCUGCUUACUGUUGCCCAGGCAGACGGGCUUAUUAUCGCUACCCCUACCGGGUCUACUGCCUACUCGCUGAGCGCAGGAGGCUCUUUGGUGCACCCUGGCGUCAGUGCCAUCAGCGUGACGCCCAUUUGUCCACACACGCUUUCUUUCCGUCCGAUUUUGCUACCAGAUACCAUGUCUCUGAAGGUGAAGGUGCCUAUUCGAUCAAGAGCUACCGCUUGGGCUUCAUUUGAUGGACGUUCUAGGGUUGAGCUGCUCAAAGGAUAUUAUGUCACUGUGUGUGCUUCACCAUUCCCUUUCCCUACUGUGAGGUCUUCCAAAACGGAGUACAUUGAUAGCGUGAGCAGGGUGCUCAAUUGGAAUAACAGAGAAGAGCAGAAAUCAUUUAUCCAUCUUCUGAGUGACAAGAACAAAAAGUCCUACAACACUUAUCACAGAAGACACGGUUCGUCUCCAGAGAGCGAUCUCGAGGACGAGGACAACCUGGAUGUGAAUUACGUUAACCAGUCGAAAGAGAAAAAUGAAAAGCAGCAUCGGCCCCAUAGGUCUGCGGCGCCAAAAGCACGGUUCAUGAUAAAUGACGAGCAUCUGGACGAGGUGGCAAGCAAAUCUGGUGUCACCAAGCCGUCUAAGCUGAAAAAUGUCAUUAAAUCAGAAGAUUUCAAUGGUCCUUUAGAGGAAGAUAUAAACGAGAGAGAAAAACAGGAUCUGCAGGACGAGCUUGCAGGAAAUUUCGAGAUCGACUACGACGACGACAGUGAGGAUCAAAACGCGUCAAAUGUAGUGAGCGGUACAGCAAAAGGCAAGGAAAAAAGCCCGAAGAAGAAAUGUCACUUGAUCCAGACCAGAACGCGUCGAACCGUUGCAAACGAGGACAUGAGCGACUCCACGGUUGAUAUCGACGACGAGGACGAUUCGCAGAAUAAUUAUUUCCGGCCGCGCGUUGGAGAGGAAAUUGAGACUCCUGUCAAUCAUUCUCCCGGGCUUGAGCCAAGUAUUGACCAGGUGGUGUCAAGCCAUCUGUUUGACGAGGAUCUGAGAAGCAAACUAUUUCGGCUGAAUGUGUAA